ACUGCUAGAUUAAGCAACUUAAUUGCUAAAGUGGCAACACUAGUGUUGACAGCUCUCAUACCAAGAAUACUUUUAUUAUCAUACUAUAAGGCUGCAUUUUUGCAUAAAAGAAUACGAAGUCUUCCGCAUUUGAAUUAAUUUUUGGCAAUCAAGCAAUUAAUAAGUAGAUAUGGUGACGCUUCGGAUAAUCACAAUUUGUGUAGUAUUGCAUUUAUUUUGCAAUGUCAUUUGGACACACGCCCAGUUUGCAAAAGAAUUACCGGAAGAGUUUAGGCCGAAUUUUCCUAUUCUAGAAAGGGACACUUUUCGCAACAAAUGUAUUGCUGUACUUGGCGAUAAAGUCGGCAGCAAAGCUUUUGAUGAAAUAGAGUCUAAUUUUGGCGUGUUCAGCGAAUGCAUGGUAAAUAUUGUAAACCACACGGCGAUACAGCAGGAAAUUCAAGAAGCGACUCCCCGAGGCGAACUAGAUGUUGUUUUUAAUAAAUACUGCAACAAGCGGUCGGAUGCUAUACACUGUUUUGACGAUUUUACAUCAAUUGUUUCACCAUGCCUUGAAGAGGAUGAACAGGAGAGCCCAGUAGUAAUAAAACGCAUCGUUCAGAGCCUGCUUAAUUUCGUCUGCCACAAAAAUGGCGACCAGAUAGCUCUUUUUAUUGGAGAAAAAGGACCAGAGUGUCUUCAAGCUGAGAAGCAGAAUAUCCAGCAGUGCUUCAAUAGCACCUUUUCUACAUUCUUCGAUUCCUCGGACUUCACCGAAAAUAAAGAAAAAUCAAUGCCAAAGCUUAUUGUGGGUCAGAAGCAAUGUGACGUCAUUCUGAGCCUCCAGACAUGCGUGGUUGCUCGCCUGGAGACUUGCCCAGACAUUACACCAGCAAAUCUGGUUGAGUCUAUGUUUAAGUUUAUUAGAAACGAGACGUUAUGCCGCAAAUAUCAGAAAUCGCACCCGGAAUCUGCAACUAUUAGCUCGGGAAGUAAAGGAUUCAUCCAAUUGUCAUUUAUUUCAUUUUUUUUAGUCUGGCUAUUAUAUUUUAAACCAACGUUUUAAAAAUGUUCCUACAUAUCUUUGAGCUUUAAAGAUUGUGCCCCGAAAUAACGAUUUAUCUCAUGUUUACCAAAUGUCUCGAAUUCAAAGAAAGUAUUUUUUUUAAAUAAAAACUAUAUGAUAUUCGAAAA